UUAUUAAAGUCACCAACAAGCUCUUGACUGGAUCCCGGAUAUUUCCAGUCAAGUCAGUCAUAUGACAACAAACCGUAAUCAGUUGUUGAUCGCUUCAAAACUUAAGACCUUCAAAAUGGACCAACCAUGAACUCAUAACAUCAGGACCCCUGGUUGCCGUCACCACCACUGUGAAGAAAUCUGAGUUGAAAGGAGCAUGGAGAAUGAUGAAUUUCCGCCAGCGGAUGGGAUGGAUUGGUGUGGGACUGUACUUGCUGGCUAGCAUUGCUGCAGUCUACUAUAUGUUCGAGAUUAAUCAGACCUACAACCGACUAACACUAGCACACGUGGAGAAGGUGACUGGGACACACACGACUGGAGAUGCUGCUUCAUCCCCUUCCUCCUCAACCUCUUGGACACAGAGUGUGAAGACAAGGCUACUGCUGCUGCCCUUCUGGGUUUGGGCCACCAUCUUCCUUAUUCCUUAUCUCCAAGUGUUCCUUUUCCUCUACUCAUGCACCAGGGCGGACCCCAAAACUGUGGGCUACUGCAUUCUCCCCAUCUGCCUGGCUGUUCUCUGCAACCGACACCAGACCUUUGCCAAGGCGUCCAAUCAGAUCAGCAGACUGCAGCUGAUUGACACCUAAUGGGGCCACUUGUUUGUCAGGAGCUCAGUCACCAUACCCUUAAGGGUGGAGGAGCCAGACGUGUAUACAUGUGUAUACAACUUUUGUGCACUUGCUAUAUAUUGCAGGCAAUCCUGUCACAAGACCAUUUAAUAAGAUGGAACAGGGGGCCAUGGUUUGUACUUAAGCUUUUUAAAAUGUACGCCUAAUGUUGUAAAGGCAUUAUUUCAAUUACAUUCUGUUUCCAACAAAUUUAUUACUAAAACAUGUUUGUAGCAUUUUUGACAAGACCUGAGCAGGUGGGGUUGUAGUUUUUAAACCUUGCUGCAGGAACAGUGGCGCUACAGUAACAAAAGGCAAUCGGUAACUCACUUAAGCACCUGAUUUGACACAACCUUUAUUUGGCCCUUGCACCAUCAGUCUGUUUUGUUUUCAAUAACUUUUCACUGUAGUUCCAUAUCAGUGGCUGAUAAGAGUUAUAUAGUUCUUGAUAAGAGAUUUCAAACAAACAAAAAAGAGUUUCUAAAUCAUUAUAGUUUAAAGCCAAUCAUUAGACGCUAGCAAGUGUAUUAGUUGGACCUCUUCUAUAACAGUUAAGAAAUUUUAAGGCUACAGUGUUCUUGGGAAAGCUUACUGCUGGACCAUGUGCUGGUGGUAUACAGUUUAAAGCAGACAGUGUGUAUUUUGAAUGCAUUUCUAAUGUACGUACAACAAAAUACAUCACUGUCCACACGUGAAUUUUAAAGAACCCUAUUCACCAUUUUUACAGAAACACAAGUUUAGUAACCAGAAACUAAACAUACAAGACUGUGCAGGUCAGAGACCACCUUUCAUUAAUUUCUGCUCAGAAUGGCCAUUUAGUCAAAUUUAUACAUUUUUCAGUGUCAUUUAAUCUUUUCAAGAGAGGAGAAAAUCAUGCUUCUCUCUUGCUUCAGAUCUGAAAGUAUUCACAGGUGUUUCUAUUCAUCCUUCUACUGUGAGAAGACAAAUUAGCGUUAUGGGUCUGAAAGGAUUUGUAGCUGACAAGAAGACAUUACUGAGAAAAGGAGAAACAUUUAUGUAUUUAGUUGUUGAGGAGCCUGUGUCAUUUUCUAUUUAAUAUAAGCGUUCUGCUUUUCUUGACACUGAAAAAUGAGUAACUCGUAUGUAAUGCCCAUUUUAUUUAAAUAUAUAAAAGGGUGAUCUCUGCCUUUUGCACAGUACUGUAAGUAAUGUAAGAACAGAAAUUAAACAUUAACCAAGCAAAGCAUUUCCACAAUGUAAAAAGCACAUAAUCCUCAUUCACCAUGUGUUUUAUAAGAAUUAAACUCCAGAUUCAGGAUAAACUAAUUUGGCUUAAAGUAAAUGUGCAACAAAAGGGCUGAAUGCUUCCUAAUACAAACAAUUGGUGCAAAUCUGCACUUUUGAUUGGUGGAUUGGCUUACAUAUUUGUACACAUAGUGCUGCUAGUAACUGGUAAAGCUAUGUAUUAUUAGCAGUAGUACAAUUUUUGUAAUAAAGUCAUUGCCAGGGGGAUAUCAUUGUUCUUCUAAAUGAAAAAAUCUUCCCUUGAUUCUGUUUUGAAUACAAUACAUAAAAAAUCUUGAAGGGGUAACUAAACCUUUCAGGAAAUGAUUUAAAGUAUUUGUAAUGAUCCAUUUAAGAACAUUUUCUUUUCAGUAUUUUACGUCCAAUGUGAUCAUUGACCCUGGAUCUGCGCUUCAAUAGAUUUGUUUUGUUUUCCUAUGAUGAUUAUGCAUCUUAUGCUAUCAAAACAUGAGACUCUUGCUCAGUUCUGUUGUGUCUUUCAUGCCAAAACUUCUGUCUGAAAAAAGCCUAAAAUUUUAAGGAGGAAUGAGUAGCUUUUUCAGUUCUCCUGCCAGUUUUGCAGAGUUUCAUUUGCUUACUUUGUCCUCAGUUCAAUAUUUCUAUAUAUUCUCAGCUUAUAGAUCUCUGUUUACUUCUUGUCACUCUCCUUAUCUUCACAUGCAAAAUUCUCUCUCUCAUAUAAUAAGGCAGUGAUCUGUAUUGGCUUUCUAACUACUCUGAAAAUGGUGCAUACUGUAUUCAUUCAGUCCACCUUUCUUGUUAUUUAACGACAGCAUUAAGGAAUGAAAAUGACUUGUCCGUUAGUGUUCUAUAGCCAGCACACAUUGUUCUAGUUGAUGUAGAUUUGAAUAAGUCAUUAGUGGAUUGGAGACCACAAUCUAGAAAUAGAGUUGACUAAUUUCUGUUGCUCUUUAUUUUGCAUUAUUUUGGCCCAUUUGGUGUAUUCUUGCUUAGGCUUUUGCCAAAGACCCAGGGUUAAAGUUUUUAAUGCACUGCUUAUUAGUAUAGACACUGCCUUUCAUUGUCAUUUCAUUGUUUAUAAUAUAUGGAUGGUUUAUUCAUUUGUAAGCCACACAAAACAAGGCAGUGGCAUUCUUACUGUUUUUGUCUAAAAGGGCUUGUAUGUGUUUUUAUAACAAAUGGGUAUUUAUGUUGGGGUAUUGGUGAUUUACCUGCCUUUUUAAUCUCAAUGCACUGUGAUUUAAAAUAAGUAGGAAACAUAAUAAAUGUUUUUGGAGAAAUGCUU